GAGGGAAAUCCCUUGCAUUGCGAUUGUCAAUUAGUCGCCUUUCUCAGAUUUGCUGAAUCGAGAAACUUGCAGUUAAAGAGCUACAACCCAGUCUCCGAACCCUCGUGUCAAAGUCCUCUUAAUUUCAAUGGAACACUGCUGACGGACAGGACACUUCAGGAAAUGGUUUGUGAUUCAGAUUCCAUCAUUCGUACAGAUCCCCGCACCGUCAGCACCGCUACAGACGCCCCCAUCACCAGUUUAAACACCGUUACCACCGCUACAGACGCGCCCACCACCAGAUUAAACACCGUCACCACCGCUACAGACGCGCCCACCACCAGUAUAAACACCGUCACCACCGCUACAGACGCCCGAUCUACCCGCCUAGACAUCAAUACUACCGGAACAAACAGCGUUAGAGCAAUCACAAAAGAAACAGUUCCUAUUCCAACAACAACCAUCAUCAUCAUCAUUUUGGCCACACUAUUGGUUUGUGCGAUAGGAACAGCAGCAGGCAUCUUCGUCGCUUAUCAACGAAGACAGAUAGAGGAAACCAAUUACGAACCACCGCGACCCUAUCCUGACAGCAACCCGGGUUAUGCGAUUCCAUUACAUGUAUACGAAGCGGCGAGUGACGACAGAACAUACGAUGAGGUAGAACCGUCAGAAGAAGCAGAAUACGAUGACACUUACGGUUCUCCAUACCUAUAUGUUGUUCCUUCGUUUUCUGACAAUGUAUGAAAAAUAGUUUUUGUUUUAGAAUUGUAGUAUAUCUUAUAUAUAGCAGGUCAGUUAUUUUUUCUAAUUUUUGUUUCCUGUAUAUAAUAUGAGAUAAUUUUUACACGCGCGUUUAAAACAGGACGAAUUGGGGUAUGACGUCGUCCAUCUGUCUGUCCGUCUUUCUGUCCUGAUCUUGUAGGCAAAAUGCAAAAUGAAUCGUAUGCUCCAAGACCUUACAAUGCGGUACAUUUGAUCACCGUGAUUAAGGGAAGAUGUCUAUAAUGGUUUUUAAAGCCAAAGGUUAAGGUCGUUGUAUCACUUAGGGAAAUCUUGUAAGCAGGAUAAACACUGAACCAUUGGGACUAUGGGCGUCAAACGUGGUACACAUACACCUUAUACCAAGUGGGGGGUGUUUAUUGUUUCUGCUCAAUGGCCGUAAGCGCCGAGCAUAGGCCUAAAUUUGAAGCCCUUCACCGGUCUUUAUGGCGUCUCCAUAUGAGUGAAAAAUUCUCGAGUGAGACGUUAACCAAGAUACUUCUUGUUUCUCAAGGAGGAAAAAAAAAUUCAGUUUGUAUUUCAGCUGGACUGAUGCACCAUGAUCUACUUUGGUGAUAAAAGUAGGUCAAACAGUUUUCCAGGGUUUUUUCGAUAUAAAUACAUGUAUUGCCCUGAUGUUUUGUCAUAACCGCCAUCUCAGCAUUCCAAUACAUCUGCCCAGUUGUUCUGUCGUCAGGCGACGCCUUACACGUUGAGGGGCGUUGUGUUGAUAAACGUAGUGUAAACACUCAAGUGAGUUUGAAAUUUUAGAAAGAAUCAGACACCGAUGCCUGAGUGAAAAUCUUGCAAUGGUAGCAAAAGCAUAAACUGUGAUGAGAAACGCAUUUCCCAUGGCAUGAAAUGCACGUGCAAGUUUGUUGAAGACGUUUUUGAUUUCACUUGGACACAAUAUUGCCAGUUAUGCAGUUAUUGAUUUUUUAAACAGAAAAAUAUCUAAUAGUAUGAUCCUUAUCAAAUUUUGAGUAGUAUAUAAUCAGUUCAUAUUUCAACUUGAUUGGCGCACUAUAACUUACUUUAGGUCUAAAUGUAGGUCAAGUAGUUUUCUGGAUUUGUUCUCAUCAUAGAUACAUAGAUUGCACUGAAUGUCUCACGGGUGUAUGUUGUACCAUCCGUGGUAGUCUUGUCUACUUCUAGUAUACGCUACAGAGUGUUUUGGCUUAUCGUUCUUUUUUCCGCAUUCCGUCCAUAUGUUCAAGCUAUCUUCUUGAUAUAUAUUAGUUCACAUUAUUAUUUUGUAGGUAAUGUUACUAUUCUCUAUCAUUGUAUAUUUCCAUGUCAGUCGAUUGAAUGGUUGUUGCAAUCAUCUUGAAAUACUUGGUCAGUAAAUUUCCUAUUGGGCGAGAAUUAAUAUGGAGUUUACUAGCCACAUAUAUACCGUGUUGGUCCAACUACACACUAUUUAAUAUUUAAUAUAUUUUACCGAUUGUUCUUUAUUACAUAUCAUCAAGGUAUAGUUUUAUGGCAUUUGUUCAAUAUCCGUAUUUUAACCUUGCUAUUUUUUCAUAGAUUGAAAACUACUGCAAUGGCAAAAAAAGAUACGACAAUGCAUGUGACAAAUAUACUUUAGAAAAUAUGGGUAGAUGUAGAAAAGCGCUGUGUUUUUCGCGGAAAAGCUAGCAUUAUUUUCACGAAUACUUCUUUUGUCACUUGUUUUUAAUCUAUGACCAGAAAUAACUAUGACGUGACACACAAGUGACGUGAGAAACUGUGUGACUUACGUAUAUGCGUUCAAUGUAUUGUCUGUAAUCAGUUUUAACAGAAAAGUAUUUCUUCUACCGGGGUUUUCAACGGUGUUACUGAGCAGUCCGCCAUUUUGAAACCAGAGUAAGUAUAACAAGGGGAAUAACUCGUCUUUAGAUCGCGUAUGUAGACUAAUGUAGUGAAUGUAUUGAUUGCAUAUUGUUUAACGUCCCUCUCAAUACUCUUUCACUCAUAUGGAGACGUCACCAAUGCCGGUGAAGGGCUGCAAUUUUAGGUCUAUGCUCGGCGGUUAUGGCCUUUGAGCAGGGAGGGAUCAAUAUCGUGCCACACCUGCUGUGACACAGAGCCUCGGUUUUUGCGGUCUCAUCCGAAGGACCGCCCCGUUUAGUCGCCUCUUAUGACAAGCAAGGUGUACUGAGGACCUACUCUAACCCGGAUCCCCUCGGGAUGUAUUGAAUAUAUGUGGUUUGUGUAUGUAGACUAAUGUAUCGAAUAUAUGUGGUUUGUGUAUGUAGACUUAAUUUAUUGAAUAUAUGGAUUAAACCAACACGGGUCAUGGAUGAAAGGUGAAGAUAACGAACAGUGAUCAAUCUCAUAACCCCUACAAGCAAUACAAAAUAGAUAGUUGGGCAAACACGGACCCCUGGACACACCAGAGGUGGGAUCAGGUGCCUAGGAGGAGUAAUCAUCCCCUGUCGACCGGUCACACCCGUCGUGAGCCCUAUAUCCUGUUCAGGUAAACGGAGUUAUCCGCAGUCAAAAUCAGUGUGCCAAGAACGGCUUAACAAUCGGUAUGAAACACGUCAGACAGCAUUUGACCCAAUGAUAGGUUGUAUUGACGAACUAGAAAGUUAUAACGACCAUAGAAUUUGCGAAAUGCUGACUUCAAUUGAGACUAUUGAAACCCCUGUACCAUCAACUUACUGAUGUGGUUUGUGUAUGUAGACUAAUGUAUCUAAUAUAUGUGGUUUGUGUAUGUAGACUAAUGUAUCUAAUAUAUGUGGUUUGUGUAUGUAGACUAAUGUAUCUAAUGUAUGUGGUUUGUGUAUGUAGACUAAUGUAUUAAAUAUACAUGUAUGUGGUUUGUGUAUGAUCGAUGUAAACUACUGAUUACAAAUUUGCGGAUAUGAAUUUACUAUAUUAUCUGUUGUAAUGUAUGUUUUGUUGUUUGUUUACAGAAU